AUGACGACCCGCGCCGCCGCCCGCCAAGCGGUGCGGUCCCAGUACUUCUUUGUUGCAAACGAUGAAGAGGCUUUCUCUGUCUUUGGUCGCCAGGAAGUUCAGGACAUCAAUACGAUCCGUCAGGUAACAGACGUGGCCUACUUGCUCCUCUUCCUCCUGGUCCUCUUUGGGAUGCUCUGGCUCGACUUCGCUGCCGGCUCCUAUGGAAAUGUCCAGAGGCUCUCCGAGCCCAUCGACUACAAGGGUAGGCUUUGUGGCUACGACAAGGAGGUGCGGGCCCAGCCCUUGGGCUACCACCCAAAUCCCUUCAAUGACAUGGUCAUCUGCGUCUCCUCCUGCCCGCAGACGGCCACAGAUGGCACCUUCACCCUGCCGGACGGGCCCAUGGGGAAGGACUUUACUCGGCCGGCCUACCCCACAGCCAACAUCUACGGCCAGCUUUGCUUGCCUCUGGAUCUCGAGCUUGCCCGCCUCAUCAUCUCGGUCAAGAGCGUCCAGACCGAGAUGUACAAGGCCUUGGGGGUGAUCUUCACCUCCUCGGAUGGAAUUCUGGUGGUGCUCUCGGUGCCUUUCGUGACUUCGGGCAUCUACCUGAUCGCCCUCUACUACAUCCCCACCGCCGCCACCACCCUGGCCUUUGCCAUCACGGCCGUCACUCUGGCCCUGGUGGGAGUGCUCAUGGACCUGGACUUGAGUGUCAUGAAGGGCAUCGACCUCUUCAAGGAGACGCACCCCCUGAUGCUGAUGGCUUUUCCAUACUUCCGGACCGGCUGCUAUCUGACGAGUGGCAUGUUCUUCUUGAUCCUGGGCACCACAAUCUCAGCCAUGGUGCGGGCCCACGCUGUCUUUCGGGAAUGUGUGGCGGCGAUCUUUGACCCGAAUGUCCUGGUCACGGUCUUCACAAGCAUGGCCCUCUCCGUGGUCCGCAUUGCCUUCAUCUUGCACGUCUGCAGGCGCCUGUCGCUCCUGAUGAGCAUCGUGGAGCCUUACGAGGUGGAGCUCCAGCUCUUCGGCGAGGUCCACUUCGUGCUGAGGACGGCCUGGUCCCCAUUCUUCCUGAAGGGCGUCUUCUUCUACGUCUUUGGAACUUUCUGGGCCCUGGAGUUCUUGUCCUUCAGCAACAAGUACAUUACCGCGCAGGUCCUCUGCGCGAACUAUUUCCACCUGAAGGCCCGUAACCUGCGGCAGCAGGAGAUCAGCAGUGGCCGCCCUGCUCCCAUCCGUUACGCGCUGUACUCGCUGCUGCGAUUUCACCUGGGCAGCAUUGCCCGGGCAGCACUGAUGUCGGCUCCUUGCCGGUUCCUUCGAGGCCUGAUACAGGUCUUCGUCCCCGACAGACCAAACCUGGACAAGUCCUUGAACCAGCAGUACCGUAUUGCCUUCUACUUGUUCUGGCCUCUGAUCCAGAUCGACCUGUAUAUCCUCCGCUUCUACAAAGACAGCGUGCUGGUCAUGCUUUCCUUGAAGGGCUUCAAGUACAUGGAUUCCGCGCGCCGGGUGGAGGGCUUGCUGAACAGGUCGAGGGGGAAGAUCCCUCACCUGACGAAGUUCACAUCCAGGAUUGAGGCCUUCUUGAAGGGCAGCAUGGGCUUCACGAGCAUGGUCUGGGCCUUCUUCCUGUUCCGGGAGCCGCGACAGGGCGCGUACCACCAGGUGGAGACACUGAGCAUGAAGUCGUCCAUCACUAACGUCUUCGUGACUCCAGAGCAUUCGCCGCUGCUUGCCAUGCCGGUUCUUCUCAUGUUUGGCUUGUGGGUAGGUGAUGGCAUGCUGCACCUGGUAACAAUGUCGUCGAAUGCCCUGACCAUCUGCUAUUGCAUUGACGUGGAGAUGGUAGGUGGUACCGAAACAGAUGCCUUGUAUGCACCUGCCGGCUUGAAGUUGGUCUAUCGAGAUCUGGGUGGCGGCGAGUCAGAGCGCGAACUUGCUGAGCUGAUGGCAAACAAUGCCAUUAUGCAGUAG